AUGUCGAACACGACACAGCAAGCGGAUCGCAACAACAGCAACGCUGGAGCGGGUGAGUGCCUGCUGGAUGCACAUCAUUCUCUUCACUCCUGUCCCUUGCUAUUUUCGCUGACUCCUGACUCGAAUCCUGCCCCUUUUUUUUUUUUGCUGCAAACGCCUAACGCCCAACGCGCAUCCUCCCUGUUCCCUCUUGACCUGCCUGCUUGCUUGGUCCAACGAACGAGCAAAAGGUGGCAAGGCUACCUUGACUCCCACGGCCAUCGAAGAUGUGCACAGCGCACAGCAGCUCGAGCUCAACCUCAGCAUGCCAGCGCCAGCGGGCAACCAAGCCACUCGACCAGGCUCAGCUUCUGCCAUCGAGUCCUUUGUCACUGCAGACGGCACCGAUACGGGCGACACUCCAGCGGGCGCUGCACAGGCCACCUCUGCGGAUAUCGAUACCAAUGCCGAUGCUGCUGAUGCCACCACCACCUCCUCCGCCAAGCCGCUCACUGCGUCCAACGAGCAGCCUCCUCAAGUCACGAUCGACGAUGCCACGGACGAUGAAGCCAAUGAAACCAAAGGGGCUCAUCUUGCUACUCCCACUGGACGCCGCAGCGAAGCGCAGCCGCAUGCUUUGCAAGAUGCAAAGAGCAAACGCAAGACGCAGAGCGAUCAGGAUGGUGCCAUGGCAGGCCACGUCAAAGAUGACAACUCUUACCGCAAAAAGGAUGUGAAAGCUUCUCACGCUGUCCCCUCUGUCACUGAGAUAUUUGGUAGCAUCAGACGCAGCAUCACCGCUCCCUCUACCAGCAAGAGGGCCUCGGUUGCGGAUGCAGCUCUACCAAAGAGCGCCAACGAAGCGAAACGCGCUCCGCUACCAGCUGCGCCAAUCGAGCCAAAGCUCGAAGCCGACGCAGCCAAGAGCGCACCGAAUAAUGAUGCCAAAAAGAAGCGCCGAGAGUCGCUGAUGCUACUCACUCGCAAGAUCGGCGAGGCUCUAAACAGCCCUACCGGUAAAGACGCGGACAACCUGGCUCUGGACGCAAAAAUCAAAGGUCAGCAGGGUGCGCGGGCCUCGAAGAGCUCCGCUCAACAUCGCGAGACGCCAAAGCCAAAGCUUGCUGACGAAGCCGCCGCUAGCCAGACUCUAGCUUCGGCGCAAAUGGCCUCGUUGCCGGAGCAGGUUUCGAAGCAGCCAAUCGUCACUUCCACCCCACUCGAGCCAACCUCGCAGCUACCCCCGCUACCGGGACCUGAUCUUGGAAUCCAGCCCACGGAUCCCAUCGUGGCACCUGGCGAGCCGCAAGGGUCCACGUCGAACACGCUGCCUCCGCUUCCUGGACCCUUUCUGGGUCCACCCCCUGCCCUCAUAGCAGCGGAAGCCAAAGCCAAAGCUCUCUACGGACAGCUCAAACGUCGAAUGAGCGUCGUCUUUGGAGCCUCGCCUACCGAGCACCACCCUGCAGCUGCAUCGACGGUGGGACCGCAGCCGGAUGCGCGAGGAGCCAAGGAAGAUGCCCAGUCUGCAGGCAGCGCGCUUCUUACGUCUGCAGACGCGGGAAAAGCGAUCAUCUUGAACGCUGACGGAUCUUCGCAGGUGGUGCAAGCUACGACAAAAGCGGAGGGGAAUUCCAAGAUCAAGCAAGCGCCCUCGGCUGGUAGUCGAGCCGAGACGAGCGAUGCUGCACACGCUCAGAAGGACGAAAAGUCGUCCAGCUCCAAAAAGUCCAGGCGCGCGACGCUGUCUGACAGCUUUAGGCGUCUCGCCUCGCACCAAAUGGCGACGCCCGAAGCUAGCGACGCGCUCUCAAAAAGUGUUUCUAAGCACAGCGGCGGCAAAGAAGUGGAUGAGCAGGCGACGAAGAACGCUGAUGCGCACGCGCCGCGAGCACAAAGUGACCACGUAACGGCAGGGAACAAGAUGCAGAGCGAUGUACUCAAAGACAAGCAGGCAAUUGCCUCCGCGCCUCUCUCGACUGGGCAAGAGUCAGAAGGGCAGGACAAUAUGCUGGCGACUUUCAGCAAGCUGCUUCAUCGUCCGCUCCCGCACACGCCCAAAGCGAACGCAAGGGGUGAGGCUGAUGCUGAGAGCGCCAAUGACGCAGUUAAGCCGGCUAGCCUGAAUGCUCGUGGGGCUUCGCAGCGAGGUUCGAAGGAAAAGAGCAACAAGAGCACGCUUGCUGGCAGCGUUAGCGUCCUUGGGGCGUUCAGGAGCAAGUUGGGACAGUACAGGGCACCCACCGGCCUUGCUGGCUGGUCUCAUUCGCCAAAGACCGCAGCUCCUGCCACUGCGUACGCGAACGUCAAGGGCGCACAGGGCAAAGUCGCCACGGCGGAGGGGCAAGAAGCGGCCAAGCAUGCGUCCAAGAAGGACGGUCAGAAUGCCAAAGAGGACGCCGAUGUCAAAGACGCGCACAAUGUGACGUCGUCUAGCAAUGCAGGCAAUGCGGGCGCCAGCGCUGCCGAGGCCAGACCUUACGGUUUGGGUGAUGACUCAGCCCCUCUGACGGGGCAGCAAGUCAAGGCAGACGUGCAGGAGUCCGACGCCAUCGAGCCCCAAGCGGUUGCUGGAGGCACAGCGGCGCAAGCAGUCCGCGAAAUCAAGGCAUAG